AAAAGCCACAAGAUACCCAAGAACUUGGUCAGGUGGCUGCGGCUGCAAACGGGUUUCAGUCGAGUUUGGGGCCUCAGAGGCGAUACACGAUAUUCGAGAGAUCCGCGAUGACUAAUUCCCUGACCAUCGCCGUGUUUUUGGCCUGCCUGUGCCUUUGUUUUGGCCAAAUGCAGGCUGCCUCCAUCCUCUGUGGAUCGUCGGAGGCCAAGUCGGCGGAGGAGGCGGUGACCACGCCCAGUCCCAGUGAGGUCAACAAGUUCGUCCACAGCCUGCAAUGCACUUUGGAGAAGGCCAAGCCCUGGAUAGCGAACAUCGAGAAGGAGGCCAAGAUCUUGGAGGAGAAGGCCAGAGAUGUCACCAGGUCGCUCUUCCAGCGGAUAAACAUGCUGGUCAAUGUGCUGGCCCUUCCGGCCAACUCUGAAAAGGACAAGAAAAAGGAGAAGGACAAGGAGCAGGAGGAGGUCACCACCACCACCACGGAGGGAUCUUCCACUUCGGAGGCUUCUAGUUCCAGUUCGAAGAACGACAUCAAGGAGGAGCUCACCACUCCCGCGCCCCCCGUUCCCAUGGACUGGCUGGAGGAUCAGGCCAAUGAGGUGGACUACAUCCCAGAGAAGAGCCAGUAGUAUAUUUACUUGAACUAUAUGCCUAAAAAUAUUUAUAUUAAUUAAUAAACAUUAUUGCUCUUGUUUGGCAGUGAGCGAUUCCUAUUUAUGAAA